AUGGGCUUUUGGUAUAGGAUGUUGGAGACUCAAGAGCAGGAGGAGGUGAUCACUGUGCGUGUUCAGGACCCCCGUGUACAGAAUGAAGGUUCUUGGAAUUCUUAUGUGGAUUAUAAAAUAUUCCUCCAUACAAACAGCAAGGCCUUUACUGCUAAGACGUCCUGUGUGCGGCGCCGCUACCGGGAGUUUGUGUGGUUGAGAAAGCAGCUACAGAGAAAUGCUGGUUUAGUGCCUGUACCUGAACUUCCUGGGAAGUCAGCUUUCUUUGGCAGCUCAGAUGAAUUCAUUGAGAAGCGGCGACAAGGUCUGCAGCACUUCCUUGAGAAGGUGCUGCAGAGUGUGGUCCUUCUGUCAGACAGCCAGUUGCACCUCUUCCUGCAAAGCCAGCUCUCUGUGCCUGAGAUAGAAGCCUGUGUGCAGGGCCGAAGCCCCAUGACUGUUUCCGAUGCCAUUCUUCACUAUGCUAUGUCAAACUGUGGCUGGGUCCAGGAAGAGAGACAAGGUUCUUCUCACCUGGCUAAGGGAGACCAGCCCAACAGUUGCUGCUUUCUUCCGAGAUCUGGUAGGAAGGACUCUCCCUCACCACCUCUCAGUGAAGAAAAGGACCAUCUAGAAGUGUGGGCUCCUGUUGUUGACUCUGAGGCACCUUCCUUGGAGAGUCUAACUCUCCCAGCCCUCUCUUCACCAUCACGCUGUGAUUUUGCAAGACCCAAUGAGGAAACUUCUGCUACUCAGGCUUCGAGGAGGGCCAUGGGCGGGGACCAGUCAGACCCCUUAUCUUACCCUGUGCCUUUGGACCCUAGUCAGUUAGAAACAGUCUUAGAAAAGUGA